AUAUCAUGUUGAUUGCAGCCUACGCCACUGCUAUCAAUUUAAAUCAAUUUUGACAAGUAGUUUGUGUGACCAACUUGAUCAUGUAACUGCAGCGUUUAUUAUCUCGACUGUUAUUUUGCCAUAUCUAAGUACCUGUUAGAUUUGUUUACACAGCAAUCAUACCGGUGAUAAUAAAUAAAUGGAAUUUUUUUUAACAGAUAAAAUAUUAAUAAUCAAGUAUUAAAUGUAAAUAAUGGUUAUCAAUUGUAAACAUAAACCAGAAUGAGAUGGGCAACUCUGAACAUAUUACAUUUACAAAGAACUGUGAAGUUAGCUGUGCACUUUUUAAGACAACAUUCUGAUUUGUUUUGCGCUAAGCUGCAUGCUAAACUAUACCGUCAAAAAUAUAUUGAAUUAUUAAUGUACGCAAAUGGAGAAAACUUGUCAUCCAACUUUGACUGUUGCAAGUUGAACGGUCGGCGUCUGUGGAGUCCUAGUGAGAUUGUUAGUGGCUGUCGUAAAGCAAAUGGUAACUAUGCCUGCAUUGUACUGAACCGAUCGCUUCACUUGCCGACGGAUAUUGCAACAAAUAUAUGGCAAAAUGCUAAAAUACGUUGUUUAGUAGACGGUGGUGCAAAUUGUUGGAAGGAAUUUAUACAAAAGUCAAAUGAAAGCGUAAAUCUACCGGAAUUUAUAACAGGCGAUUUCGAUUCAAUUACGCAAGAAACAAGGAAAUAUUUUAAUUCUCCAGAUAUUAAGUAUCAACACACACCUGAUCAGAAUGAAACCGAUUUUACAAAAGCGGUGCGCUUUUUACAGCCUCAGUUGGAAGCUAAUGAUAUUGAUAAGAUAAUUGUAUUCCAAGAUAAUACUGGACGCCUGGAUCACAUUAUGGCCAAUAUAAAUACAUUACAUAAGCUCCAAAGCGAUAUCCUAAGCAUUUAUCUCUUGAGUAGUUCAUCUUUAAGCUGGUUACUUUUACCGGGUAAACAUAAAAUUGUAGUUCCAAAAGAACUGGUCGACUGUCAACAUUGGUGUGCAUUAAUGCCUAUUGGGAGUAAAGCGGAUAAAGUAACUACUAGAGGAUUAAAGUGGAAUCUAACACAAUCUACUUUGGAAUUCGGUUUUAUGGUAAGCACAUCAAACACGUAUGCAUCUGAAGAAAUCUACGUGGACACGGAAAGUAGUUUAGUUUGGUCUAUGGGAUUAUGGGCGAAGGACAAGCAAUAAUAGUACUUACAUAAAUAAACUACUAGUUUAUAUUAUUUCUGUUAUUGUAGAUAAUUUCCAUUUUGCCCUUUUGGGAGAUUUAUAGUUUUUUGUUUUUUCAAUGUAUAAGGAUAUUAAUUAUGCAUACAAAUUUUAGGAGGCUUAAUAUAUCAACGAGACGAGAACAACGUUUGACUUCGUUAAAAUAAUAUAUUUUUUUCUAUAGAAGCUAUAGAAUAUUUAGUGGAUUUUUCUUAAUAUCUAUUUUUAAAAAAAUUAGUAAAUUGUAAAGUAGUCCAGUGAUAUAUCUCUCAAGGCCGGCUUUAUACUUAUAUACAUAUGUAAAUAUUCUUACGCAGCUUAAAUAGAAUUCAAACACAAGUAGAAAUAUAGUUAAUUAAAAUUAAGAUAAUAAUGAAUCAAUACUGACUUGACUUUUGCUGCUACAACAACCAUAAGUAUAACUUUUUGUUUCACUAGAA